UUGGAGCAGCUGGAGAGGAAUGACUGGGGGUCUAGGAGAGGCGAAUGGAUCUGGGGUCACCGCACCGUUCACUGUUCACCCUGGGAGGGAGAAGGAACAAAGUUUUCGGGGAAAGUGUCAGUGGAACAUGCUGGUAAUCCCGAGCCGGCCUUCUCGCAUUCCCUUCCUGCAGUGUUGUGACAGAUGAGUCAGUACUGUGUAAACGUGGACAGGCUUUACUUUGUGCAAUGUGCAAAGAAACUCAUUCACGGCCGGAGAGGAGAGGGGGACGUAUAAAAAAGAGCGAGAACCAGGUCACCGAUUAAAUAUAUGUCUGACCUUUGCCGCCUCUGUUCCUCUCAGCUUCGAGGAUCACGCCGUAAGUGGCUCUUCGGGGGCUCGGGGUCCCUCCUUCCCUUAUUCUCCCAAGUAUUAGGGACCCCCAUCCUCCGCAACCCACCUGGAUCAGCCCCCAAGCCCGGCAAAGGGAAGGGGCGGCCGGAAGAUGCAGAGUUUCUCUGCGGAAAGUGCUGCCACUCGCUCAACGUCUACCACCGCUAUGACCUGGUGUUGUUUCGCAUGCGGGAGCUGUAUGAGCAGAGGUCCACCCGUCUGGUGACAGAGAAGGAUAAGCUUUCGUUUACCUUGCGCACUAUCCACGCCAGGGCCUGGGGCCUUCCACUGCCUGAGUACCAUGGUCAUCACCAAGACCGUAACACCUAUGGGUAUAGGGGUUCUUACAAUGAUCUCAGUUCUUCUGGCUCCUAUAAGUCUCGUAAUAAUUCCCUUUCUCCAGGAUACCAAAACUCAUGUCCCAAUUCUCCCUUUCCUGACCGUCUGGGGUCUUUCCAUGGUUCUUUGGGUUCUUUGUCUUCUGAUGCUCCUUCAAAGUCUUACCAAAAACUUCUAGAACAAGACCGGUCAUUGUGGGAGCAUGAGAGCUGGUGGGACGACCGCCACAGGGGCUGCUCACGUUGCAUCAAGGGCGAGAAGUGUCAUUCUUGUUCUUCCUGGAGAGUUUCUGAUGCCAAUUAUGAGUCUGUAUGUACCGUCCCUCGAAGGAGGAAACACAGCAGAGGAACAGAUGAUGGCUCGGUUCUUCUAAGGAGCAAAUCUUUGGGAAGUGUUGGUGGAGAAAGUGCCAGCAGCAAGGGCUCCCUCCUCUCCUUAUCCGCCUCUUCUUUGGAUUCCCUUUCUUUCGUGGGGGAAGAAGGUGAUGGAGGAGUAUUUUGGGAAGCAAAGUCUCCUUUACCCUCAUCUCCUCCUUCGUCAUUUCCUUUACCCAAGCCAGGGGUGGGAGAAGUGUUGAAAAGCUUGAAGGAAAUUAAGUACAGUCCAGUUAAAACACCCACAAGGAGCAAGAUACCCAUCAGGAGUCAACAGAAGACAAAGGUGGAAGAUGUGGACCAAUAUGUAGAAGAUGGCGUCUACGAGAGGCCACCAGUAGAAGAACCAGCUGGAGACUUGGAUGUGUACAUGGGUAUCGGGCCUGAGGUCUGCAGGACUCAAGCUUCUUGUUUCCUCCACAUCCAGGAGACCUUAAAAUGGCUACAGACAAACCUGAAGACCACACAGAGUUGCGGCACCUUGUCGGGGCAGCAGGACCAAGUGAUGGAACAGCAAGAACUGAUACGAGAAUUAAUCAAGAGACUCAAGUUCAAGGAUGAAGUCUUGGAGGAAUCUCUGACUUUGCUGCUGACUCUUCCUGUGGCCUCUGACCCAUACGGGGAACUUAUCACAGACUUUGUUGAGAAAUUAAGGGCACAAGAAGAGCAGAUAAAGAAAGAAGGGGAUGAGGUGGCCGAAAUCAAACGCCAAAGAGAGGCAGAAGUGAAACGUCUACACGAGGAGCUGAGAGCAAGAGAAGAAGACAUCACACGAUUGUCCAAGGUUCUGCGUGACAAUCAGGACACCAUAACAGCUCUGCGCGACAUCCUGGGAGAGAAGGACUUCACCAUCCAGAGGAUGGAGGUGGCACUGGACUCUUCUGUUCGCUCCUCAGCUUCUCAGGAUGCUCUGCGCCUCGCUGCUCUGCGGGAGAAGGAUUCACUGAUUGCAGCAGUACAAGGAGCCCUGAGUAGCAGCAAUCAGGAUGUAGAGGCCCUUGCAGACUCUCUCUUAUCCCAGGGACUGGAUGACCUUAGUACCUCAAUUCCCGGACUGUCAGCCCCUAAUCCUCUAAUGUCCCAGCUACAGGAGAAAGGUCGACUGCUAUCCCAGGCCCACGCGGACAAUCAGCGUCAGAGUAUUCAGCACCAGCGAGACAUCCAAGAUCUACUGAAUGCUCUCAAUGAGAGCCAGACACUGCUCCAGGAACAGCUGCGACAUUGUAAGAAACGUCUGCAGGACGGGGCUCAGGAGCAGAAGACGCUGAGAGAGGCGCUGAGAGCGAAGGAGAAGGAGCUGCAAGAAGAGAGACGGAGGCACAGCGCCGACCAGCACCAAGUCAGUGCCAAUCUGAUGCAGCUGCAAGACUCCGCCAGGGAGAGGGACCAGGCCACCAAGAAACUGCUGCAGGAUGCUGAGAGCAGAGAUCAGCUGAUCAAGAAGCUUCAGGAAAGACUGAAGCCGUGCGGUGAGGUCAGAGACACGCUGUGAGAUCUCCUUUUCCCAACUUACCUGAUGGGAAUCAAAUGUGGAAAUUUUCAUACAUUGUUUACCAGCUGAAUACUCGGAACCGGGAUCAUCUUUCUCCUGGAGGAACCUGAUGUGGUGAUGGUGGA